AUGGCGGACGCCUCCCCAAAAUUCCAUCCCCAGGACCUUCUCCCGCCAUCCCCCGGCCCUGCGGUGGAGGUAGCAGUCGCCCACGACGGCCUCUCCUUCUGGCAGUUCAUGGUGGCCGGGUCCAUCGCCGGGCUCGUGGAACACACCGCCAUGUUCCCCGUCGACACCGUGAAGACUCGUAUGCAGGCCCAGGCCCCUCCCUGCCAGCCCUCUCUGAGCCUCCGCCAAGCCGUCUCCUCCAUCCUCAGGACCGAGGGCCCCCUCGGGUUCUACCGCGGGAUCGGCGCCAUGGGCCUCGGCGCAGGCCCCGCCCACGCUGUCUACUUCUCCGUCUACGAGAUCUCCAAGGAGUUCCUCUCCAGGGGGAACCCCAACAACCCAGUAGCCCACGCCUCUUCGGGGGUUCUCGCGACGGUGGCCAGUGACGCAGUGUUCACGCCGAUGGACACGGUGAAGCAGCGCCUGCAGCUGAGGAGCAGCCCCUACAAGGGGGUUGUCGAUUGUGUGGGGAGGGUCUUCAGAGAAGAAGGGUUUCGGGCUUUCUACGCCUCCUACAGGACCACGGUGGUGAUGAACGCCCCCUUCACCGCCGUCCACUUCGCCACCUACGAGGCGGCCAAGAGGGGCUUGACGGAGGUCUCCCCCGACAGCGCCGAUGAUGGGAGCCUGGUGGUUCACGCCACCGCUGGAGCUGCGGCUGGUGCAUUGGCGGCUUCUGUUACCACUCCUCUGGAUGUGAUCAAGACCCAAUUGCAGUGCCAGGUGAACCUCUCUGUCCGUUCUUCUUCUCCACAUCUGUUCGAUACCUACAAUUUUGUGUUGCCGUGGAAGAAACCUUGUCUCUGUGAAUGCCAAAAUCAUUGGGAAUAGAAAGCAGUGGUUCAUCCCUAGCUCUCUUGUUCAAUGAGGGGCUUACAGCUGCUGCAGAGGCUCUGGGGUAUUUAAUUCCAUGCCUUCAUUCUGGUGGUGGUUGGGAGGUUCAUCUCCAAGCUCCUGUAGAUGUGUUGGGGUUUUGAUUCCGAGGAUGGAAAAAAAAGGAUCUGCUAUGAGGGACUGUGUGGGGUUCUGCAAAUUGGGUCGUUUGAUCUGUUUCCCUCUAAUCUGUCAGUGGUUUGGAGAUUUAUCUGUCUGAAGAUUAAGCGGUGUAGUCUGGAGCUUUCCUGAGCGAUUUUCUGACCACUCUUGGGAGGUGCUCCUGUAUGUUUAUGGACUGAGCCCGUGCGAAUUGCAUUGUAGAUGCGCAGGGAAGGGGAGGGGGGGAGGGUGCUCAUUAUUAUUAUUAUUAUUAAAAGAAGAAUUUGAUUUGAUGGGGAGUCGGAAAAUUGAAGGCAGGAGAAGAAUCCAGCUGACGAGAAGAACUCUGAUGAAGAAAUUAUUUGAUUUGAGGGAUGAUUUUGAGGCUUAGUUAGUUGCGGCUGCAGUGCAAGAAGCGAUGAACUGUGAUUGGUUGUUCAGUGGAUUGCAGAGAUUGAGCUGUAGCUGGUCAAGGAACUAGGAACUUCUUCAACAACCCUGUGAAUUUAUCUGUAAAUUUCUUGGCUGCAGCUGCUGCGAUGGAGCCAGAGCUUAUGAGAGCUUGAUGGGUGGAGCUCAGAGACCGGGGCAUAGUUUGAAAUCCUAGGUCAACGAUGGAGAGAUCCUAUGUUAGUUUCUUGAUGAAAAAAAUGGAUGGAUCCUACCUCUCUUAGAGUUUUCUCUGUGUUCAUCUGUCUCUGCAGUUGACUUUGAGGCAAAAAAAUAUGGAAACUGUGAACUCGUAAUACUCCUGAUUUCCCAAAAACCUUGGAUUUUUUCCACGAGCUCCUCUGGUUCCCCACACAGAGUCAACCCUUUUAUCUUAUUUUUCUUCCCCUGUCAUUUAGUUCUGUCAUCAUAAUCAUUCUCCCUGCCGUUUUUUCCCUCUCGUUAAACGGUCAACGGCUGUAAAUGGGUGGGUUGGAGAAGAUCCAGCUACUCGUCUCUUCAUUUAUUGAUCCUAUUUUUCCUAUUUUUGACCCCCCCCUCCUCCCCCCGAAAAAAAAUAAAAAAAUAAUGCAGGGAGUAUGCGGCUGUGAGAGAUUCUCGAGCAGCUCGAUAAUGACCGUGGCGAGGGCUAUAAUGAAGAGGGACGGCUAUGGCGGGCUCAUGAGAGGAUGGAAGCCACGGAUGCUCUUCCACGCGCCCGCCGCCGCCAUCUGCUGGUCAGCAUACGAGUCAUCCAAGUCCUUCUUCCAAGAACUCAACAACAGGGACCGGACCCAGUGA